AAUUAAGAAAUUUUGCAAAAUAUAUAUCCUGUAAAAUGUUUCAGCUGCAGCAAGCUUUACUUCAACAAUUAUCCUCCGACCGUCAAGCUCUUCGCAAACGGUCCAUUAUGGCGUUAUCAAAUUUGUUGGCCCUCUCAGAUGUCACUCUUUAUGGAGAAACGAUGGAUGUUGUUGUGCAACAUCUUACAGCACCUGGAGCAUCAACUGCACAAUUUCGUACAAUGGUGCAAACAUGUCAGAAUAUUUGCAAAACAACCAGUCGCCGUUUCAUAAAGCACUUGUCGAGACUAGUCCCGGUACUCGUGGAUUAUACCAUGACAACUGAGGAUGACGAGUUACGUGAAUCAUGCAUCCAAGCUUUCGAAACGUUUGUUUAUCGUUGCCCUCGCGAAAUAACGCCAUUUAUUUCGCAUAUUGUGGAGGCAGUUGUAAAUUAUUUAAAACAUGAUCCUAAUUAUACCUACGAUGAUGAUGAAGAGAUGGAUAACAUUUCACAGAUGGACACCGACGGUGAUAGUGACGAUGAUGAUGACGAAGGAAACGAGUACUCGGAUGACGAUGAUAUGAGCUGGAAAGUGCGCCGAGCAUGCGCUAAAUGCAUUGAAGCUCUUAUUUUGUCGCGCCGUGACGAGAUUGUAAAAUAUCUGACUUCAUUUGGUCCUCUAUUAAUUAGUCGAUUCAAGGAACGCGAGGAUAACGUGAAAUGGGAUAUAAUGCAUGCUUAUACGGCACUGUUAUCGCAGAUUCGCAAUUUGAUUCCAAACUUUUCAGCCAUUUGUGUCCCAGAGGAAAAUGGCGAUACAAAGAAAAAUGCAUGUGGUGAUGUGGAAACAAUUACUGUCAAAGGUGGUGUAUUGCUGCGAAAUGCUUUAAGCAUGGAACAACUUGAGACAUUACAAGCUUUGGAUUCACAGAUUCCUUUACUUGUCAAAGCAAUCAGUAGAUUGUUAAACACGAAGGCACUUAAGACAAAACAGUAUUGUUUCGUUUUACUUACGCAUCUGUUACGAGCAUAUCCUGGUGCACUUGGUGACGAAAUACUUCAUCUUACGGCUGGAGUAUCAAGUGCAAUGAAUGAUCGUUCCUUGAACACAAAUGUCAAAAUUGACACGCUCACCUUCCUGUCGGGAGCACUAUGCACUCAUUCACCAGAGAAAUUACAUGCGUAUAUGGAUAUGUUGGUACCACUUAUUGUACGGGCUGUCAGUGAACAAUUUUACAAAGUAGCAGCAGAAGCAUUAACGGUUACAACGUCCCUGAUUCGUGUCUUGCGUCCAGUAGCAUCCGAACAAGGCAGUUUCGAUUAUUCUCCAUAUGUGGGUAGUAUUUAUGAAGCAAUCAUUGGCAAAUUGAAGGCUACCGAUAUAGAUCAGGAAGUAAAAGAAAAAGCAAUAACGGCAGCCGGCCUUCUUGUGGCAACUUUUGGUGAUUUUCUGAAGGACAAGCUACCAACGUGUUUGCCGAUAUUUCUGGAUCGUUUGCGGAAUGAAAUGACACGUCUUGUUACGGUAAAGGCGCUUACGGUAAUUGUGAACAGCCCUCUGUCAAUUCCACUGAAUUCUAUUUUGUCAGAUAUUUUGUUAUUGUUAGCUGAAUAUUUGCGGAAGAACCACAGAACUUUGAAGAUCUCCACGCUAAAUUUACUGGAUUCUUUGGUAACAAACUACAAGUAUGAUGGCUUAGAUGGUAGUGAAAUGAUGAGAGUAUUACAAGAAACACCUGCUUUGAUCUCUGAAUUGGAUCUACAAAUUAGCCAGCUUACUCUUACUUUCCUUAGUCAUCUAGUAGUUGCUCAGCCGUUAAUCAUAUCUUAUAGUUUACCAGAGGUGCUUGCGGCUUACGUCAAUCUCCUGCAAAGUUCUCUACUUCAGGGUGCUACCCUGGCAGCCUCCUUGAAUUUUAUUCUAACGCUGGUUCAAGCAGAAAUACCUCAGAAACCAUCUUUCGAGGAAUUACUAGAUCAGCUGACUGCUCCAGCUUACGAUAACACUUCCCUUCAUCGCCAAGCCUAUCGCUCCAUAUCGGCGUGUACUGCUGUUGUUGCUUCUGCUUCUGGUGAACAGAAUCGUUGUCGUAACCUAGCGAAGAAAUUAUCAGAGCAAGUCGUGUUAAAGGAUACAGCAGAUGGUGUGCGAUUGUUUUCUUUGCUUGCAAUCGGUGAAUUAGGCUGUACUUGUCCACAAACGUUCGAUAAGUUUUCACCGAAGCCAGAAGAGCUAUUAGUGAAUGCUUUCAAUACAACAUCAGAAGAGAUGAAAACAGCUGCAUCGUAUGCAUUGGGAAGGCUUGCCUUAGGAAAUCUCGAAAAGUAUCUUCCAUUUUUGCUCGAACAAAUCAACUCGCAACCAAAGCGCCAAUAUCUUCUAUUGCAUGCUUUGAAAGAAGUAAUUGGUUCGGAAAGUGGUGAUUCUCUGGCUAUAGAGAUUUUCCGCCCAAGAAUUGAACAAAUUUGGCCCGUUCUGAUCACCCAUGCAACAGCUGGAGAGGAAGGGACGCGAAAUGUUGUCGCCGAAUGCCUUGGCAAAUUAUGUCUGGUCCAUCCCGAACAAUUAUUACAACGAUUGAAGAAAUGCGUCAUUUCACCGAAUCCGUUUAUGCGUGCUACAGCGGUGACAGCAGUGAAAUUUUUAAUUGUUGAACAGUGGACAGCUAUAGAUGAUCUACUGCAAUCAUCAAUGAUGCAUUUCCUGCAUGCUAUUACGGACCAAGAUCUUAAUGUACGCCGAGUAGCAUUGAUAGCUUUUAAUUCUGCUGCUCAUAACAAACCCAGGCUGAUUAGAGAUUUACUGCCUGUGUUUUUACCAUCACUGUACAGCGAAACAGUGGUUAAAAAGGAAUUGGUUCGUGAAGUUGAGAUGGGUCCAUUUAAGCAUACUGUUGAUGAUGGACUUGAUCUGCGAAAAGCGGCUUUUGAGUGUAUGUAUACAUUAUUAGAAACAUGUUUGGAACGAUUGGAUAUCUUUGAAUUCAUCACACAUAUGGAAAAUGGUCUCAAAGAUCAACAUGAUAUCAAAUUGUUAACUUAUUUAAUGCUUGCACGCUUAACUUCCUUAUGCCCUUCACAAGUACUCCAGCGACUCGACAAUCUUUGCGAACCGUUGAAGACUCAGAUACAAGCCAGAGCUAAGGCAAAUGCAGUGAAACAGGAAAAUGAUAAACAGGAUGAACUUCGAAGAGCGGCACUUAGAGUUGUUGUUGCUUUGCAGCGUAUUCCUGAAGCAGACAGACAACAGCAGUUUGCUGACCUUCUUGCUAUAAUUCGUAGUUCAAGUGAGAUAAAUGCCGUUUAUCAGUUAGUGGAAAGAGAUGCAGUACACCGUUUGUGUACUUCUGAUUCGGUGAUGGAGGUCGAAUGAUAUUUGGAAAUUUCAAAAGUAUUUGACAGAAUUGUUUCGCUUUAUAAAAAAAAGUGCUUUUCGUGAAUUGGCGAUACGGGAGAAAAACAAAUCGUUUUUUUUUCUUUUUUUUGUAUUUACAUUCUUCUCUGUAAAAUAAAACUGCAGUCGUUAUUCGUGAAUUAAAGCAAAUUUUCGAUACAGUCUGGGAUAUCCCUUCCUCUAAUCAAUUGUGCUAGCCACUUAAGCUUACCA